AUGGACAAAGCUUACAUAAAAGGGGAGUUGUUACAACUCCACACUAAAGAUUCUGAGGUAGUUGAAGGACGUUUCUACAGCAUCAACAGUGACAUGUCCAAGAUAUCGCUGUACAAUGUGAAGGAAUCACCUCAAGGCGAUAAAAAUGAAAGCAUCUGCCAUUACUAUAAUACUGAAGUGAGGAAUAUUGUGAAACUGCCCGAUACAGGUGAAGUGAAACAAUUGAAAAUAUCACAAAAAGAAUGUGAGGAAAUUGUAAAAGUUUCAAAACAGUAUCAAUAUGUCAAUCAAAUUGAUACAAAAUUCCAUGAGGCUGUUAAUGAUUUGAACGAUUACGAAUACAUAGCUCUCAGCACAGAUGGUGCUAAUAUGGGGCGGAAAUGCAAGAUGCCAUUUUUAGUGCUAUCUUCUCCUCACCAGAUCUACAUUUUUGACAUCCAAGUGAUGCAAUACCAUGCAUUUGAUGCUGGUAUCAGGAAACUCCUUGAAAGUGAGAGUCCAAAGAAGAUUGUACAUGACAGCAGAAAGGUGUCAGACUGUCUGUACCAUAAACACAAUGUUAAGCUUAAUUCUGUCUUUGAUACUCAGGUUGCCGAUAUAAUUAUCACUAAAAACAAGACUGGCAUCUUUCCUAGUACAGUGAAGCCUUUACCAGAAUGUCUGAAUUCCUAUCUUGGUCUACAACCCAAUUCUGUUGAUGAAAAGCUGGAUAUAGUAGAAUGCACUGAGCGCCCUCUGUCGGUGAAGAUUAAAGAAAAUCUUGCAAAGAACAUUGCAUUUCUGCAUUGUCUCUCUGAAAUAAUCCAUAAAGAGAUGAUGUUGCCUUUCGUCAGAGGAGUCGAAUUCUACAUCGAGCAUCUUCGUUCAUGUGAUGACUUCAAAGCAUGGGAGCUUUGUGGCAAACAUCAACAGCUACCAAAAGACUUCAAAAGCGCAAUUGAAUAUUAAUCUACUCAUUUCGGUCACAUUCCACACAAAAAUUAAGUUAGAGUUUUCUAGUUGAGUGUUUUACGCUUUGAAAGUUUCAUCUAGUCUAUAUUUGAAAAACCGUAGACAGUAUUAAAAAUGUCCUAAUAGAUUGUACAACUAUUUUCUCUCAUUGUCUACGAAAACUUGAUAUAUGCAAUGUUUAGUAUUAAGAGUAAAUAAUUAUGUAUUUUGCAUUGCUUCUGCUCACAAACACAUUAUAAAGUAUACUAUUUAUAUCCACAUUUAGAGUAGUGGUUGCUGAAUGUUGGUAAACUAAGAAAUAAAAUGUUAAGUGGAAUGAAGUACGGUAAAAGAAAGUUGGGCUCUUUGUCAUACUCAAAUGAAAUAAUUAUAUCAAUGCUAAGGCUUCAGUUUAUUGUAUCUGUGAUCGUCCGCAAGUGUCUGAAUAGCAUUGUACUAUUUGAAAGUUAAGAUUAUUUUUGUAUAAAUGAGCAAUUCGGAAUGGAUAACAAUCAUAGAAUAGAAAAGUCUAGAAUAAGAAAAUUGGAUUAAUAAAUCCAGUUAUUUUUUACAUUUUUCAAAUCUUUCAGUAGUAUAUUGUAACAAGUGUUAAUCGCAGCUAAUCUUCAUAUCUAAUAAAAGUCAUUUGUAUGUAAACCUAAUAUAACAGGUUUUUGAAUAGGUAUGUUAUGUACCUAUUGCAUAUUUUAAUAUUGUUUGUUAUAGGAUAUUUUGUGAGAUGGUUUUAUGAAAGAUAAACAAUCUGUAAGUGCAAUAUUACUGUAGAGCCAAGCUAUAAUAAGCUUUUGUGACUUUUGGGAGCCUUGCUUUUCAUAAAUAAAAUGACAGUGCUUUAA